AUGUCCGGACCAAAGCGACGAUACUUGCCUGGGUCGAGCAGAGAUCGACCCAUCGUUAUCCAUUCAUCCUCAGACACAGAAGACGACGGGCCCAUAUCCGUGACGGCGAACAGGUUGGUGGGGCCUACGACCUCCACGGAACCGGUUUUCUCGAACCUGGAUACGUUAGAAGAGGAAGACUCGGACGAAGAAUCCGACGACUGGGCCAGCGCAGUGUCCUCUAUACGCUCACGCUCCGCUACACCUACGCCUAGAUCCGUUCCUCUUCGUCUGAGAGGGAGGUCUGUGGAUGAGGGUGUAGUCCCUACCUCAAGCGCUCACUUGAGCUCGUCGAAUGAUACUCCUUCCAUGACCACCGCUUCGUCCGAGGCCCAGAACCUGGGAGAUUGGAUGAUUGAAUCCUCAAUAUGGGGAGGUAUCAUCGUCGGAUCAGAACUGCCCAAUAUCUUUGGGUUCUCAUCGGUUCCUGUGCCUUCUUUACGCUGGUCAGAAGAUCCCGCGGAAGGGUCUAUGCAAGAAGAUCUGCCUCUGGAAGAUGAACUUACAGAGAUUGGUUCACUCGUGGGCCUUACACCCUCUAAGAACCUUCGUGAAGGAUCAGCAGAGACUUCAAGACCGCCGACUCCUCCACUCGAUAUUGACAGAAUGGACUUGGAUGCCGACGACCAAGACGGAGAAGCGGAGAUGGAGAUUUUACCCAUUUCUUCACAGCCUUCACCGAGGAUUCAUGUACAGCACAUCGCUGCUGGAGCCAGCAUUGAUGCUGCUGGCCAGACUCCGAAAUCCUCUAGACCGCCUACGCCAGAUCUUAAGAUGAACGAGACGGACGACACGGAGAUGGAAUCUCGACCACCUACACCGCCGCUUUCGGACGAGUUCACUCAAGUGUUCGAGCCGAUCGACACUGGCUCCAUGGUCCGCUCAUCCUCUGUGAGCACUCCAGAGUCAUCCGCGACGUUGAAGCGCGCAUCACCCAUCUCGACCGAAGAGGAAAUCGCCAGGCCUAGCAAACGAAGUCUCAUGAGUCCGACGCCAGCAAUCAUUACAGUCCAGUCGAAGCUGUGCCGCUCGGCAGACUCAUCAUCACAGAAUCCGCCUAUCCGGUCUCUGUUGACAGAGCCAUCGAGAGCGCUUGAGGAGUUGAACGUCAAUGCCGAUAACAUAUCUCCCUCUGGUCUCCCCCUAUCUACAAAAUUUCCGAAGAUACCCUCGUCCCCUGCCGAAUCUACCAUCGACCUAGGCUUCGUACCCGAUUUGCAUAGUUCGCCUCAGUCCUUGGAUAUUAUCCAAGUGCUAAGUAGCGACAGAGUAAUAGCUUGGCAGAGCCCGCUGCUUGCUCUCGGUUCGCCAAGGGUGCCGGACACUGAGAAGACUCUCGCCGAACCUUCCACAAGAGAUAGGCCAAGUUCGCCUGCCAAAUCUCACAAUGAGCACGGGCACAACUCGCGAAUGGAGCAAAGCAUGGCCCAGUGGCUCAUUCAUGAGCUGUGCGAUGCGACAUCGAAGUGCUUGGCGCACUGGCAGAUUGUCUUUGUAUCGAGAAACACUCCCUCGGCGGGGAAUCUUUCGAGAACAGCAGAAGCGAUGGGUGCAAGCAUUUUAGAUCUUGACAGCCCUAUACUCCGCCGGCCGUUUCAUCACAGACCUUCGGACUCACCUUUGACAAAGCUCGACUUUGGACGCGAACGGUUGAUUGUUUUUCCUCCGGGCCCACGGGAUACGGACUACGACGUGUUCGCAAAGCAUGUUGACGCCCAACAUGUGGAUGAAGUGGAGGUCUUGGAAAUGAUCAGCGGAGCUCGGAGGCGAGAACGAGCGGAGACAGCUAGAAAGGCUGCGGUGGUAGCAACUGCACGACUGAAGGCGCAGAUGAGAUUGCAGCAGAUGGGCGUGACGUCAAAAUCGCUUCCCAGCCCAUCAGCUUCAGCCGAUCAAUCUGGGCUUGCCCCACUAGUCCCUUCAACAGCCGAUCUUCCCGCGAAGACUGUAUUGGGACAAGGAGUCUCCCGGACGCGAGGCUCGCCAACGCUCUUGGAUCGAAUGAACAGCUCGCCACCCUCACCAUUGAUCCCGGUUCCUAUCGAGAGCGCCACGCCCUCCAACCCAAAGUCUCGGCCGGGCGUCACCUUGCCACAAACUUCUGGCCUUCCAUUCGCGCGGUCUCUGGUUGAAAGGAUCGUAAAGGAGUAG